CCUUCUUGUCUUUCUUACGCUCUUUCUCUUCGUUCGCUCCUCCUUCCCUCCCCAUUCUUCCCUCUCCAUUCUUCCCCCUUUCUCUUUCCUUCUCACUUUCUCUGUCUCUCAUUUUUUUCCUCAUCCAGAAGAAGGCGACCGUCAAGAAAACAGCUUCCAAGGAAAAAAUAAAAUAAAAAAAUAACGCUCAAGUCGGACACUGGCUUGCCAUGGGAAACGCCCCGUCGAACGCUGGAAAUGGCACGCUCGAGAACGAUGCCGCUGUUGAGUCCGUUACCUUCACCAAUAGCCCUUACCAAAAACAACAACAGCAGCAGCAUCAACAACAGCAACAGCAGCAACAUGGCGGAUACAUGACUCACCAGCGACAUAGCUCGUCACCACACGCCUUCCCUGCACAGUCUUCCACCUUGGGGCCCCAGGAUUCGAUUCACCCUUCAACAAUACCCAUCGCCCCUAUCCCUGUCGAAAGUGCACCCCGGAGAUUCCCCUAUGUCAAGGAGCAAUACCUGAACGAUUCUCCAGCAGGGUCCUCUCCUCUCGGCAGUGAUUCGUCUUAUCCACAUGUGUUGGGCGGAGGACAAUCUUUAGGGGACAAACAUUUUCAGCAGCAUCGCCAACAGCAGAAGCAGCAGCAAUCACAACCAGUCAAGAGUCCGUUGCCUGGGGGCGGCCCUCGGAGGAGAGCUUCUUCCCUGGUGAGCGGGCAGUCAUAUGGACAAUACACCGAUGCCUACAACGAGCAGGUGCUGCUGGCCACUGCGGCGCAUCAGGACAAGUUGGAGCAUCAUCGAUCACAGCAACACGCAAUCGAAGGGCGGGCAAGCUACCGCAACUCUGCAAGGGUCUCACGAGCCUUUGAUACGGUCGACCCCCUCAAAAGUCUGGAUGAUCCGAGCGAUGAUCCCACGGAUGGAUAUGUGCCCACCAUUAUCACAUGGAGUCAGGGAGGCACCAACGUGUAUGUCACCGGGACAUUCAACAACUGGAAACAGAAAGUACGGCUCAACAAAAGCACAAGCGAUUUCUCAACGAUACUGAACUUGCCGCCUGGGACACAUCGGAUCAAGUUCAUUGUGGAUGAUGAAUGGAAGUGCUCCACGGAACUAUCUGCAGCAACCGACGUCGAAGGAAAUCUAGUCAACUUCUUAGAAGUCGCGGACGAAGAGCAGGACGAACUCGAGGGUGGCCAUGAUACACCCAUCAAUGGAUCGCCUGUGGGGUCAUACACAGAUCAAAUCCCACUUUACGCUCAAUCCGGUGACUCAUCCCCAUCAAGUUCUUCAGGGAGCGAUGCGGUUUUACCGCUCACAUCCAUUACAGCCAAGGCGACAGAAUCCAACAGUAACAGCAAUGGGGGCACAGCCGGACAACACAGUCCUCAAGGACCUGGCGUAAGAAGUGGCGGGCCUGACUCCCCCACGAGCGUAUCUUCGUCCUCCUCAAAACUGUUUUCAUCCAAUCAUUUGACCAUCCCGAAUGACCCGCCUCCGGCACUACCCCCACAUUUGGAAAAGGUUAUCCUCAACAAUGUGCCGUCUAAGGAAGAUAACUCGGUUCUGCCUGUACCCAACCACGUUGUCCUGAACCACCUGUAUGCAUGUUCAGUCAAGGAAGGGGUGUUGAGCAUCAGUGUCACUGCGCGAUACCGAAAAAAGUACAUCACCACGGUAUUCAUUAAACCUGUGGUAACAGAUUGAGAGGGUAUUUGUACAAUAUACAAUAAAGCAAGCAGGAUCGAUCCAUCUCACCAAUCCA